AUGGAUUACGACCAAAAAUACGAUGACAUUUCACCAGUGGAUUCACCAAGUCAAGUUGAAACAAACAUACAAUAUGAUGAAGAAUUUUUAAAUGAGUUAAUAAAUUCUUUAAAUCAAGUAGAAAGUGAAAGUGUAAACCAAGUGCAACCGGAUUUACAACAUUGUCAAGAUUUGGAUAUGUUGGAAAUGCCUACUGAAAGUGUUGUGCGAGAAAUUGAACCGGAUUUACGACAAUGUCAAGAUUUGGAUAUGUUGGAAAUACCUACGGAAAGUGCAGUGCGCGAAAUUCAACCGGAUUUACAACAAUGUCAAGAUUUGGAUAUGUUAGAAAUGUGUACGGAAAGUGUUGUGCGCGAAAUUCAACCGGAUAUACAACAAUGUCAAGAUUUGUCACAAAUAAAGCCGAACAAAGUUGUGACGGCCUUAGGCAAGCGCUAUGUUUAUAAAAGGACUUACGCAGAUAGGGGAGAAACAACUACGGUUCUCGGUUGCAUUUGUGAUGAUGGCUCCUUUAUCCCCCCUCUAGUAAUUUUCAAAGGUGUGCGUUGGAAUCCCGACUUAGCCCGUGGAGCCAUUCCUAACACAAUAAUAAAACUGUCACCGAAAGGCUGGAUAAACUCGGACAUUUUCUUAGAAUGGUUCCAGUUUUUUAUUAAUUCUGUACCACAAGAAAGACCUCUAAUUCUUUUGAUGGAUUCUCAUGCUUCACAUUUGUCUUUGGCUGUCUUAGAACUAGCAAAGCAAAAUGAUCUUCACCUCUUCACUUUUCCAGCGCACACAAGUCAUCUUCUUCAGCCCCUCGAUGUGGGCGUUUAUCGACCCCUAAAAUCCGCCUGGACGAACUGCUUAAAUGAUCACAUGAAAGAAAAAAACGACGAAAAACCCAGCCGCUAUUAUUUUAACGAACUUUUUGCUGUAGCAAUGAUUAAAAGUUUUACCCCCAAUAGUAUUGAACAUGUUCGGAAAAGUGGAAUCAGUUCUUUAAAUAAAGAAGCUAUCUUGUCCGAAGCUAUAGCCCCUUCAAAGUUAACAGAGACUCGUUUGAAUGAUCAAUCAAUUACUAAAAAUGAGUAUCUUGUUCCUUCUGAUCCCCUUUUGGAGAAAUUCAGCGCCGACAAUUUUUUUACUGCCUUCUGCAAGUUUGGCCAGCAAAGUAACACGACGGACUAA